ACUCAGACAAGUUAAGAUAGCAUUGAAAACUACACACCCUCUAUUCCUCUCUUCACAUUUGGAUAUACCUCCCCAUCCAAUGAAUAUUUCCAUGCUUCCCUUUGAAUUAUUCGUCUUCAGCUAACCUAUGUUGCCCAUAUUCUUGCUCAUUGCUUCUUUCUCCCAAACUAUCUCUACCCUUUUAAAGCUACCUUCACAAGCUUGCACUUUCCAUACAUUGAAAAUCAAAUAACUUAUCUUGGAGCUUAGGAUCAAUGGCUAGUAGUGGAAAGAAUAUUGAAUCUUGUUAUAGAGAUAUAGUAAUAUGUAAUUCUGGAAUAAAGUUUGAAUGUUGUUCAAAUGAGACCAAUCUUCAUCAAAGUACCUUAUUUGCAAGUGUUGGUUUUGGAUUUGGUAUGUCACCAAAUCCUCCUACUCUUAUUACUGCUAGAGAUAGUGCCACAAAACUUCCACUACUUAACUCUUCAAUGAAGUAUGCUUUAAUUCCUGAACAAACUUUUCAACCUACAAGUUUUCAAGGAUUGCUUAGUAGUGGUGAUGAGGCAAUGGAAGUUGUUAAGGAAAGUCUUGGCAUGAGGAAAGAGUUUAAACUGAAGUUGAAGAUUGGGAAUCCGUCAGUGAGAAGAUUGAUAAGUGGAGCAAUUGCUGGUGCGGUAUCAAGAACUGUUGUGGCGCCGUUGGAGACCAUAAGGACACAUUUGAUGGUAGGGAGCUGUGGACAUAAUACAACUCAUGAAGUUUUUCAAUCUAUUAUGGAAGUUGAUGGUUGGAAGGGAUUGUUUAGGGGAAAUCUUGUAAAUAUCAUCCGAGUUGCGCCGAGCAAGGCCAUUGAGUUAUUUGCGUAUGAUACUGUCAAGAAGCACUUGACUCCUAAAGCUGGAGAACAGUCGAAAAUUCCAAUUCCCGCCUCAUCAAUUGCAGGUGCUGUAGCUGGAGUUAGCUCUACACUAUGCACAUACCCUCUUGAACUACUCAAAACUCGUGUCACUGUUCAGAGAGGAGUGUACAAGAAUUUUGUGGAUGCAUUUGUGAGAAUUGUUAGAGAAGAAGGACCUGCAGAAUUGUACAGAGGACUAACACCUAGUUUAAUUGGUGUAAUCCCUUAUGCUGCAACAAAUUAUCUAGCUUAUGAUACACUAAGAAAAGCUUAUAAGAAAGUUUUCAAUAAGGAGGAAGUUGGGAAUGUGAUGACUCUACUGAUUGGAUCAGCUGCAGGAGCAUUUUCAAGUAGUGCAACCUUCCCACUUGAGGUAGCUCGUAAACAUAUGCAAGCUGGUGCUCUAAAUGGAAGACAAUACAGUAACAUGUUUCAAGCACUUAUGAGUAUACUUGAAAAAGAAGGGGUUGCAGGCUUGUAUAGAGGUUUGGGACCAAGCUGCAUAAAAUUAGUUCCUGCUGCUGGGAUAUCUUUCAUGUGCUAUGAAGCUUGCAAGAGGUUACUAGUUGAAAAUGAAGAAAAUUAGUAGCUAGUAGUUGUCUGCUUGUUUUGUUUUUGUUAAGGAAGAGGAAACUGAUUCGGCAUGCUAAUUUUUUACACAUUUUGCUUUGCUUUGAAUAUUCAGCGA